CAAAAAACACUCUCUUCUCAUUCUCAUUUUCAUUUCCCCCAACCUCCCACUUCCCCCUUCUCCACUUCCCUUCCCCUCCGCCGUCUCCUCACCAUGUCCUCCGUCGUCCACACCUUCCACAAGACUCGCUCCUUUCUCCCCUCCAGGCUUCUCCCCGACGCCCUCCCUCUCUCCCACACCGACUCCCCCGCCGACCAAACCCUCCGCCGCCGCCUCUCCUCUCUCUCCCUCCGAAUCCAGCCUAUCUCCUCCCCUGCAACCGCAUGGGCCAUUCGAAAAUCCAAGUCCAUGUCCUCAAUCGGAGAUCUCGCCGGCAGCUCCGUUAGAAAGUGGUGGGACUGGGGCUGGGCUUGGAUCCUCUCUCGCAAACCUAUCUUCGCCAAAGAUCUCGAAAUGAACGAAGAGGAAUCCAAGAUCCUUGGAUCUCAAAACAGAGGUAGUUGGAGACACGUCUUCUUCAAGUUCAGAUCUGAAAUCAGAAAGCUCAUCGGCUCCGACGUUGGCCUCCCUCAAACAACCUGCAAGUACAAAUCCUUCAAUUUCCCCAACAAUGCCGGAAUCAGAACCUAAUCAAAUCAAUCUCUCAUCGUUCUUUACCUUCUUCCUCCAUUGAUUUGUAUCGAAUUGUUCGUUUUGUUUAUGGUAAUUUCUUGCCGGCGAAUGCAAAGAUCGAUUAGGGUUCCCAUUUGACGAUGCGGCAUUGCUCUGGAUCCAAGCGAAACAGGUAAUAUAGAACUUAAAUAGGCUAGGGAUAUGGUUGUCAUUUUUUAGAUUGUUAUAUUUUUACGUGGUAAAUUGUUUUUAUUAUUAUUAUUUUUUUAUAUUUCGGUGGAUUUAAUUUUGUAUAAUGGUGCUUUUAUUAUUUUUUUUGUAUUGUAUUUUACUUUUAAUUCCUUUUUUUUUCUUCUUCUUCUUCUUCUUCUUUUUUUUUUUUUUUACUACGGAGGGUCAAAUGUAAAAAUGUUAUUGUAUUACUACUGUUAUUAUUGUUGUUAUUAUUACAACUUUUAAA